CUUGCCGGUUACUGUGCUAAGCAGCGUUGGCGGUCGGAAGAGUGUGCACUUUAAUAUGACAGCCACCCUCAAGGCGGCGAAGAACGCCGUCCGGAGGCAAAUGAAGAGCGUCAUUGGCGCGCUCACUACAGAAGAGAAGCUGCGCCAAUCACAGAUCGUCACCAACAUGCUUCUGCAGCGGCCCGAAUAUGAACGCAGCCGCCGCGUCGCGGCGUACGUCAGCAAGUCGGAUGAGGUCGGCACCGAGCGGCUCAUCCGGUGCAUCAUCGAGUCUGGAAGGGCGUGCUUCAUACCCACGUACUGGGAGUGCGAGUCACGGAUGGAGAUGCUGCGGCUGCGUUCGGUGGAGGAGCUGUCCGCGCUGCCCAGCACGGCCUGGGGCAUCUCCCAGCCCAGCGGCGACGACGCUGACUCCAGGGAGAACGCGCUACUCACAGGAGGCCUGGACCUGAUCGUGGUGCCCGGGCGCGCCUUCACGGCCGACGGAGGGCGGCUGGGCCGCGGCGGCGGCUACUACGACGUGUACCUGGGCAGGCUGCGGCCUGAGGCGGGCUACGCGGGGCCCCAGCCUUUCACCGUGGGGCUGGCCUUCCGCCAGCAGGUCCUGCCCGACCUGCCGCUGGACAAGGCGGACGUGCCGCUCCACCUGGUGCUCUACCCCCCUCCAGAGGCCGGAAACACCUGAGCAACCCCACUGCUGCUGCACGUCUGGCUGGCUGUCGACAAACUGCUGAAGACCAUCGCGCUUUCUCAAUAUGGAUAGAGAGAGAAGGUUCACCUUGAAAACUUGGUAAAUUUGCGGCUCGUUCUGAACGGUGGAGUAAACCUGCUACAUUACUUAACUUGACAUGGGAAUAAAUUCUGAAUUUUUAUACUUGGGAAA